CAUGGUUGUCUUUGAACAACUUAAUUGUAAUGAGAUUAGGUCAACAUGAUAUAUGUAUGGUAAUGUGUCGAAAAGGCUUUGCAAUAUCUGCAAAUUCAACAGCGGGACAAAAGGUGGCUGCAGUGUAAGCAUAUUCAUUGUUUGACUUUUUUUUUAAGGUCUAGAUUAGAUAAAACACAAUGGGAAUCAAGUAUCAUGGCAAUAAUGUUAACCAAAUCCAGCCCACAGUCAAUAAUUUGAUUAAAGAUAACGCAAACAUACCUAAGAAAAACGAUAUAGAAUCACUGUCACUAGUUUCAAGGCCCACCCUCUUCGCCAAGCCCAUUGACAAAACUAGAGGAUAAAAUCUUUGAAUGAAAACACUCGAUCGCAUAUCAAGCAGUCUGACCGGAUUUAUUUUUAACUGGCAAUAUUUGACCGGCUUUUUAGAAGAUGGGUCAACUAUCGAGAUGGGUGUUGGGGGUCCUGCUAUGCCUUACCAUUUCUUCAACUCCAGGUUCAUCUGCAGAUUCAGUAGACCCUGCCACAUUAAUCACUACGUCUGUGGCUUUGGCAAUCGAGAUCACCAAUGUGGGCUUCAAUGCCUCCCUUCAGAAUAGGGAAUCAGAGUACUCCAAGAUGUUGGAUGCAGAAGUGGAGACGCUGCUUGAUGGCAUUUACAAAUGUGAAGCAUGCCCAACUAAACUCUUCUACGAAGGUGUUGAAUGCAUAAACUACAGCCAUGGACUGAUUGCUAACGCGUCUAUCAUCUUCAACACAACUUCCAUCGACCCGAGUAUUGUCCGUGCAUUGUUUACAAUAUAUUUAGCAGAAGCCCUACCGCAGACAAGCCUCAAUGUGAACGAGGAAUACACAAGCGAUUCAAAGCCAGUCAUAUUGGAUGAAGAUGUGUGCAAGAAAACUACUACAACUCCUGAGCCAACUACAACUCCUAAGACAAUUACCUCUCCUAAGCCAACUUCAACUCCUAAGCCAUCUUCAAAUCCUGAGCCAACUACAACUCCUUCAACUCCUGAGCCAACUUCAACUCCUUCAACUCCUCAGCCUCCUCCCACCCCUGAGCCAACUUCAAUUCCUGAGCCUACAAAGACCACUGGCCUUAUCAUGACCCCUGACCCUUCCAAAACCCCCGACCCUACAAAUGCCCCUGACCCUACAGUGACCUCUGAUCCGACCCGUAGCGGAGGAACAUCUGGCCCUUCCAGUGGUGGAGGAAACCGUGACGAUAGAGACUGGGUGCCCGGAUGGGGCAUUGCACUCCUGGUGUUAGCUGCAGCCAUCCUGUUGCUUCUCAUCAUCCUUUUCAUCCUUUUGUGUAUUCGCUUUUGCCGUAAGCGCCCAUCAGAGGACCCCAUGGGGAAGAACCCUGACCCAUACUAUGAUGAAAACAAGAUGCCUCCUCAGGAAACGGUGCCUGUAUACUAUCCAUCAGCACCGAUAACAGCGCCCUCAAGUCCAAUGCAGACAGAGAUGGUUGUUGGUGACACACCCAAAAAGAAUCGGACAGGCUUCUAUGCUGUGAAUCCUUGACAUGAAGGCAAAUGAGCAUGUUUUGCGGAUUCAGGCCCACAAAAGAUGACAAAUGAAACCUGUGUGAACAAGAGAAUAGGAGGCCUUUGACAAUACUGUAUAAGGAAUUUGAUUAGCAUGAAUACUAUUUAUUACCCAUUCUGUAUUACACAACUUUAUUCAUAGCGAAAAUACAUAUUUUAAUCGUUGUAUCCUAUUGUAAUUAUAUUUCAUAUAUCAUGUUACUCAUUCAUGUCAUUUUGUUAUUAGUUUCCUGCUAAAGCCCCAUGUCCAUGAUAAGCUGGGAAAGAGCUCAGCGUCAGAGCUCUGUUUGUCAAGGAGACCCAUAAACGGAAAUAGCUAGUUCUGGCGGCACACUCUAGUCAUACGCCCCCUAAUCCAAUCAAAUGCACCAACACUGACAGGCGGUCAAUUUAGGACCUUGUUUGCUGAGAAUUCACCCACAACCACCCAGCCUCCACCUGCUCUGGUUCUGCUCUGUAUUGUAUGUAACCGACACUACGGGUUCAUAUAUCUGAUGAACCCCAUGGAGGAUUGUAUUGUGCUCCCUGUUGUCAUGUUGGUAUUCUGUACCUGACAUCUAUAUGUGAUGCUUCAAAUCCUACAGCAGGGAGCACCAGAAAAGAGUGGAACCAUACCGCCAAACUAAGAUGCAUCACCAUUUUAUGAAAUAAUUGGUUAAACCUAUAACCAGAGUGAUUAUUGACAGGCCUACUUGUAUUGUGCCAGUCCAGCGCUCUGCAAACCGGCUGAAGAAAACAGCAAUGUAUCACUUGACUCUCAAGUUUCUGACUGCAGAAUAAAAAAUGAUUGUCAUUAAUUUUAAAAUCAGUGGAAAAUGCUAGAUUUAAAGAUAGUUUCUGCAUUAUAUUGCAUUUUUACGCAUAGAUCAGUAGUUAUAUCAGUAUAUUAUGUUAGGUUUGUUACCUAAUGCCAUAUUUUCUGUUGUUGCUAUGGUUGUUACUAUGGACCUGUUCUCCAACCUAAACAAAAUAAUUGGUUGUUUUUGUCAGAACCCAAACAGCUAUUUCAAUAAAAACAUGGAUUUGAGUUCAUGUGCAUAUGACUUUUUUAUGAGAAAGAAGUCUGACUCUCAGAUACUCGUCUUAGAUCGGUAGAACGUAGGUCUGGGAGGAAUUUCAACUCAAAAUAUGGGAAGCAGAGUGUCUGAGAAAUUUGCUGAGGCUCUGAGAAAUGUGUGUAGGGCUAAAGCCCUUAAAUGGAUAAUCGUAUACAUGUCUUUGGGGCCCUCUUUUAUUUAAGCGAGACCCCAGGAAACACCCAAGUAUCCUUGACCCCUGGGUCAUCUGUUAAUUGCAUUACUUCUUUUAGGGAUAGGAUCCAAAUGGAUAAUUGUCCCAGACCUUAACGCCCUGACUCUAAUAAAAGAGUCCAGACAUCUCUGUCUUUCUCCUAAGUCAUUCCAUACCCCUAUGCGUGGUGUGUUUUUUUUAUUUUCUGAUGACCUCUUGGUGAGGAAUUGUAUCUCUUCUUUUCAGGUUACAUAGAAAACAGACUCAAGGUCUUGAGUUGAAAUUGUGGCCAUCAAAUUGAAAUAAUAAAUACACAGUUUUACUUAAUAAUAAUACCUAGACCUACUACGUAAUAAUUAAUUAAUAUGCCACUAUGGUGCCAGGCCGCAAUACAA